UCCCGGCUCCACACGGAGGUUUGCGCUCAUUAUGUUCGAUUCCAUGGCGUUCAUAUCGUUGUUAUACGUUGUGGCAGAUGCCUCUCUGCUGGGCAGCGAAGCUUUCGAUGGGCAAAUGAGAACAGUCGCGGCAAGAGGAGCGGGGUCUUGGCGAGGCUCUCUCUGGGAAGAACGAGCCCGGUGAGUUUUAGCCAUGGAUUUGGCAGCGCAACCGGAUCUUUCUUGUGGGUUUGGAUUGACGUGCUGAGGUUCAGCGGAGUGAUACGAGCAGCAGAGAGGGACGCGGAAGGUUUUGCAUUGUAGUCUAUGUUCAGUUGUUACCAACUGCUGCUGUAACGCCUGCAGUGUGAAUGUAGUGCUAGUCUCUCCCUCUUUCUCUCUUUGCACUUCUAUCUCUGGAGAAGUUGCUCAAGCCGCCGGAUAAGGGCACUUCCUCAUAUUUGACGUGUCAAAAUGGGAGCUUUUUCGUUUCUAUGUGCUAUUUUUCUGGUGAAUUCGUGUCAAAUGCAAGGCUCCAGUGCUGUGACUCCUGUGUUUGUGCAGAAAGGAAAGGAUGUUCUUCUGAACAUCAUGACAGCUGAUGUUCCUGAGAACCUUUUUAUUCUUUCAUGGAGAUUCAAUCAAAAGGAUGUUUUAGUUACAUUUUUUCCUGAUAAAGAACCAACAGUCUCUAAUAAUUACACUGGAAGGAUUGAGACUGAUGUGAAAAAAUACUCACUGAAAUUAAAGAAUCUACAAGAGGCAGACAAUGGAGUGUAUACUGCACGAGUGACAGGGUCUGAAGAAGAACGAAUACUAGCUGAAUACAACGUCACAGUUCAAGGUCCAGUGUCUCCAGUUGAACUGUCAGUGGACUCCAGUGUGUCCAGCAGCUCAGACUCCUGUAACCUCACUGUGACCUGCAGAACACAGGACUCUCACAUCAGCAGCACUUUCACAUGUGACACCCAAACCUGCAGUCCGGAGGGAGGAGAGCGCUCAGAGGUCACAACCUCUGCUGCUUCUCUACAUGUCUACCUGCUGAAUGACUCAAUCAUCUGUAACCAUAGCAACCAGGUCAGCUGGACCGAGGACAUUAAAAAGGCUAAACAUUUCUGCCCCCAACAUGCUGAUCCAGAUAAACAAGACAAAAAUGUUAUUGUCCCAGUGCUUGUUGCUUUCACCAUAGUUCUCAUAGCAGUUGUUGCAGCAGUUUGUUAUCAUCGAAAGAGACUAAAAUAAAAACAACUGUCUUAGCAUCCCAGGCCAGAUCCCAGCGGGAAGGUUGAAGCUACAACUUACCCUCUGAAUCAGAUCCCGACAGAUGAUGCUUCAGGUGUUUCUCCAACCUCCACCUACUACUUGGUAGGGCCUCACACUGGACCUGUGGGAUCACCUGAGAGAGGCAGGACUCUGCCAGAGAGCCUGUAUGCUCAGCUAGAAAAAGCCAGAAACAACUAAAACAAAUCAGGAAUUGUAUUCCUCAUAAUGUGGUGCCAGCAAUUUACAGUUUGUAUUUAAGUGUUGCCCAAACUGGCAACACAGCACGCAUCCACCGCCACCAUCACAGCUUGUACAGUUUGUAUCGCAGUUGACAUAGUGAGACCUGUGUGACCUUUGGUAUGAAAACUGUGUAGAUUUCACCACAGCAACCACGUCUCCCUGUCUCAUCAGUAAUGUGUUAAAACCUUACAUAAAUCGCUGUAGUUUGUUAGCUAAUGCUGAGAGAUAACGUGUGUAGCUAUGGGUCGUGUUUGUGCAUGUGUGUCUUUCAGACCUGUUUGUAUACUAACAUACAACAACAGAGUGGGGAUUAAAUAAAGUAUAUCUUCUUCUUCUAAUGAGCAUGUAAGGUUAGGAUGCCAGCUUGGGCCACACAUCUCCACUACAGUAUGUUGGGUUAGAGCAACGGCUGAAAACGGGUGUAUACAUUCAGGCCUGCCCACAGAAAUGACUGGGCCCCUGACAAGGUCCAGUAAAUGGGCCCUCUGCAAAUUUGCUUUACUCAUGUCACCGCAUGCUGUGCUCUCUCUCUAUCUCCUACAUAAACACAUACAUGCACUUUUGAUGUUUUGACGUUGCGUACAACAAACAUUACUCAUACCAUGUUCAGGAGAGGGGGUUUCAUUAUGAAACAGACUAUAUUUUUCUAAAGCAACCUUUAAAAAAUGUAAUUUUUUGUUAUUUUAAUAAGUAAUGGUGUGUUUUUUGGUACAUAUUUAAAUUUGGUUAUCUUUGCAUGUAUUAGAAUGAACAUCAUUAGUGCUGGACUGCAUGGGCCCCCCUAGCAGAUGGGCCCCAGAAUGCUUUCCCCUUUUUCCCACCUUAUGGGGGGCCCUAUAUACAUUUAGUCGAUACUUAAUGGUAUCCAUGUAUCAGUGCAUUUUACAGUGCAGUAGUAGCCAGAACAUAUUUGGAGGGAUCAAUGUAUGUACUAAAAUGACAGAGGAAAAAUGUGUUUAUUUUGGGCGUGGGAUUAUAUUGUGUACAUGUGUUAUGAGCAUUGAAAAUUGUCUAGAAAGACAUAUGCAGAAAAUAUACAAUGAAUAGACUAUGUAAUUAAAUCAUUUUGGAGAUUUCAUCAGUGACUGA